UGACGUGUUACGCCGGAAACGUAAUUCUGCGAGAUUUACUUGCCGCAAACAUGGCUGCGCCCAUACCGACUUUUGCGCUCAGGGGCACUGAGGGCACUUGUCUUGUAGAAGGUCCACCUUCGUACAGUACCAAAGCAACAUUCAAAAGAUGUGAAGGAAAGGCAUGUAAAGUAAUGGCUUUUAGCCCUGAUGGUUCUCUUUUUGCAUGGUGCAAUGGAGAAAGUGUAGAAAUAGUGACAACUACAGACUUCAAGCAAGUUCAGAAGUUAGAUAAACCUAAAACCAUGGGACUGGAGUUUUCCCCCUCUGGCAGUCUGCUGGCUACUUGGGAGCCAUACGCAGUGAACAAGAAUGACCCUGGAAUGAGCUCCAACUUGAAUAUUUGGGAUGUGAAAUCUGGAAACCUGUUGAGGUCUUUAAAUCAGAAGAAACAUGGGGGAUGGCAACCACAGUGGUCUGAUGAUGAAAAAAUCUGCACAAGAAAUGUCACAAAUGAAGUACAGUGCUUUGAAAACAAUAAUUUUGAUUCCAUCACAAACAAGCUACAUCUCCAGAACCUGGCGGAGUUUCAGCUAGCCAGUGGCCCAGCACCCUACCAUUUGGCAGCAUAUGUGCCUGGUAGUAAGGGUCAGCCAGCCUUUGUGAGAGUGUACAGGUACCCAGAGUUUUCUGGUCCCAACGCUGUCCUCGCCAACAAAAGUGUCUUCAAGUGCGACAAGGCAGAAAUGUACUGGAAUAAAAAAGGCACCUCACUCCUAAUCCUGACAGCCACAGAGACCUCAGCUGGCUCCUACUACGGAGACAAUAGUCUUCAUUAUAUAGAUGUCAAAGGCACCAGUAGUAUGGUUCCUUUAGGCAAAAAUGGCCCUGUUUACAGUUUGCAGUGGAAUCCAAAUUCACAGGAGUUUUGUGCAGUGUAUGGUUAUAUGCCUGCCAAGGCCACCCUGUACAAUCUGAAGUGUGAGCCUGUCUUUGACUUCGGGACAGGUCCCAGGAAUACGGUGGCUUACAAUGCACAUGGAAACAUCGUUUGUCUGGCUGGCUUUGGUAAUCUCCGUGGUAACCUAGAAUUCUGGGACACGAAGCAGAAAAAACAAAUAAAGCAGACGGAGGCCUCUGACUCUACCAUGUUUGAGUGGUGUCCAGAUGGCGUCCAUUUUCUCACAGCCACCACUGCCCCGAGACUUAGGGUGGGCAAUGGAUACAAGGUGUGGCACUACACGGGAACAUUACUUCACCACUACAGUGUCCCCAAGGAUUCGGAACUGUGGGAGGCAAAAUGGCAGUCAGCACCUCAAGGGCUAUACAAAGAACAACCCGUCACAUACAGGGCUGUGGAAUCUACUGUGGUGCAGCCAGCAACUAAAGCGGCUGCGUACCGCCCCCCUGGUGCCAGAGGACAGGCUGUCAGUUUUAAGGUCCACGAAGAGGAUGAACUGCCGUCCAACGCUAAACAACAGGCUAACCCAGAAAACAUGUCAAAGGCUGCAUUAAAGAAUAAGAAAAAAAGGGAAGCCAAAGCAAAAGCAAAAGAAGAACAGGGAAGUGCAGGUGCUGCCCCCUCCAGGCCUUCCACGGCACCAGCUCCUGCUGCUGUGUCCACAGGAGAUCCAGAGAAAGAUAAAAAGAUUAAAAACCUCACAAAGAAACUACAACAAAUUGAGAAGCUCAAGGAAGACCAGAAAGCAGGGAAACAGCUAGAAAAGAACCAGUUGGAAAAGCUGAACAGUGAAACAACAUUAAGGAAGGAAUUAGAGGAUUUACGUCUGUCCUGAUACCUUACUACGACACUACAGAACAGGAAUAGAUUGACUUUAUCACGUAGUGAAAAACAAAUUGACAAAUGUUCUAUUUAUUUUGCAGUUAGUGCAAUAAUAAAAUCAGGCUCAUUUUGUUCUUUUUUUAACAUUUGGUUAAGCACGGUUUCCCUGAUAGUGAAGUUUAACUGCCUCCUUUCAUCCAAGAAGUUGUUUACACUCAUCUGGUAAUUUGUAUUGGUAGUUUGCUGUUUCAGUCUUAAAUGAUCUUUAAAAGUUAAACUGUCAACAACAAGGUAGGCAUUAAAUUUUCAUUUAUUUCUGAAUAAAAUGUGAUUAAUUUAAAGUGAA